AGAAGACGGUUCAGGAAGGCAAGACAACAACGUCUUCAUCUUCGUCAUCACCAUCAACAUGCCUGCUGCUGUGAUUAUGGAAGAGAAUUUUGACAAACUAUUAGAACAAUGUGAAGCUCAAGAACUGGAGGCUCCAGGCGGCAUCGCAACACCUCAAGUGUAUUCUCAGCUCUUGGCGCUUUAUUUACUGCAUAACGAUAUGAAUAAUGGCAGAUAUCUUUGGAAGAGGAUCCCCCAGGCAAUAAAAGCGGCAAAUCCUGAAUUAACAGCUAUUUGGGCAGUUGGCCAGCGUAUAUGGCAGCGAGACUUUCCUGGAAUAUAUACAGCUAUCGCAACUUAUCAGUGGUCAGAGAAUAUCCUUCCCGUAAUGGAGGCUCUGCAAGAGAGUACGCGGCAAAGGGCCUACGGGUUAGUGGCGCAGGCAUACACUUCCAUCACUGCAGAGGAUUUUGCUGCCUUUGUGGGCUACUCAGUGGAGGAGGCUGUUAAAGGUGUGGUGAGUCAAGGUUGGCAGGCAGACCCCACUACCAGGAUGGUAAUGCCCAAAAAGCCAGAUCCUCCGCCUGUUUCAUCUGUUCCAAAUGAGCAGCAGUUGGCCAGACUCACCGACUACGUGGCUUUCCUGGAGAACUGAUAACCACCACUGUCACCCUUUUCCAUCUGCAUUUUUUUUUAAUACCAGUACUGCACUCGUUGGGUUGUUGUAAGCUUUAUGUCGUCUUUGUAUGUCCAUUGAUCUCAUGUGAUCAAAGUAUUCUAUACAAAUACAGAAUAAAAAUC